AUAGGACAACAAUUUACAAUUAGCUAGCAUGUAGCUUUUUGUCAGUUGUCUAUGGAUCUGACCGAGACUUGUUGCAAUUACUAGCGUCAGUAGCUCACAAAUACUGUCACUGUAUUGGGACUGUUUGUUGAAAUGGACAUUUUAAGAGACGAUGAAGUGCAUGACCUGAAAUACAAACCAGGGGGCCGUUUGGAUAUGAGCCACGGCUUCCUGCACCAUAUCCGGAGGAACCAGAUUGCUAGAGAUGACUAUGAUAAAGAGGUGAAGCAAGCCAAAGAGCUUCAGCGGCGGAGGCACACCACAACCCCUAGACGACCUCGUCGACCCGAUAUCCAAGUGUACCUUCCUCGCCGCAGAUAUGGAUCAGAGCCGGGGGCUGGUGCUGAGGCUGAAGAGUGGAACGAGAGCGGGUCAAGUACAGAGACGGAGACUCAUGGAACUGAACUCUUCUGGCUCGACUAUCAGGCGGACUCUGGUACCAUUACCUCCUUCCUUGUGCACAAGGAGGAUAAGCCUGAGAAAGUGGUGGAACGUGUUGCAACGAAGAACAUCCUGGAUUCAGCCAUGAGGGCAGCUCUAGAGGCUCGAAUUCGAAAAGAAAUGGACAAAAGACGAGACAAACGCUGAGUAAUAUUCUCGAACAGUAGAUUAUGAUUACACGGGCUACAGGCAAAGAUGAGCAAUUCUUCAUUUGCAGCUGUGCGCUCCUCCAAAGCAUUAACACUGUAGACAGUGUUCAGGGCAUAACGAGGAUUCUGGGAUCAUGUACAGUGACUGUCAGCAGAGAUCCAACUUGAUGAUCCACAAUCGAGCCAUCUUCUGUUUUCACAGGAGAAGAAAUGGCAUGUAUCAUUAACAGUAAGGUUGGGAAAUGACUGUCAGGUUCAUGUUUACUACAUUUUACUCAUCUUGAACUGUUACCUCAUACCCUGAUACAUUACUUUAGGGACACUUUGUACACCUUCAAGUUGACUGGACAUAUAUAAUUGUGUCGUUGCUUUCUAAGAGUUAAAUUAAGAAAGGAGUGGGUAUUCUCCUCCAGAGAGGACUGUUCCUCCGAAGAACAUGUCCUAGGUUUCUUGUGUUUACAAAGAUCUAGUUUUUAUAAAUAAGAUUUUACUUUUCAGUAAAAUGCUAUGAACGGGAACAUCAGUCUAUCAGCAAUUUUAAGAAAUGUGAGAAUUUAGUUUUGUCUCUGAGUUGGAGAGUUUAGUGGAUGUAGCCACAAUAAUGUGUUUGUGUAUCAACUGUGUUUCAUCGUUUUCAGUAUUCUAAUUUAUUUUUGGGUCGUUGAAAUACUUUUAUUUUUGAUACUGUAAUAUUUUUUGAGGACACAGCUCUUUACAUAUAAAAUGACAUAUACAUAAAAGCCACGUAUUUCUGUCCAAAUGUGUCUGGAUGUGCACUUAAUGGAAUUUAACAGCCAUAAAAUGUAAAUGUUCUUUUUCGUAGUGUAUUGUUGUAAAAACAGUCAAAUCUUUGGGGGAGAAAUGACAGAUGAGCAGUUUGUCAAGUUUGAUCCAUUCAAUCCUCAAAUAAACAUUGGUGGGAAUACA